AGGACGGAGAUCAAGUUAAAACAUCUCUUAUUUUACAUACAUCCCUUUAUUUCCAGUUCAGCCCAUUUUAACGUAUAUCUGACGUCACUAAUCGUAUGAUCAGUAUUGAUAACGAGUUGGCCAAGAGGGAAAAAAAACUUGCUUACCCAGGAAGUGGUCUGUGAAUGAUUGGAGAAUGUCGGUGGGUGUCGCAGUGUUUUCCUUUAUCGCCAUUGGACUUCCUGUCCGCCGCUCAAAGCUGCUGCUGCUGCGUCUCCACACACUUCCUGCAGCGAGCUACAGUUUCCAGAGCAAGCGACUGCCUGUGAGGGAGGGGGGGGGGGAGACGAGAUGAGGAACAAAGAUCUUCGGGAGGGAACGUGAGGCUUGAGUCAGGGACACUACCAUGACAUAAACUGAGGAGCGACCUGGAACUGUCUCCUUGUUUGUCUUUUGUUUUGUUUCUGUUUUGUAUUUUUGUUGUUGUCUAGUCUCCACCUGUCUUACCCGGUGUUCACCCUCUUCUUGUGGAGAACAUAUAAUGAAGUAGUAUUUCUUUGGCUGAAACAUUAAUGUAUGACACUACUGUCUAGAGGACUGGUAUAGUCACUCCUCUUGUCUGCCUCCUAUAUCACUGAGAUUACAGAUAGCAAUACAGGUAUCAAAGGUCUUGAAAAAGCCUGUACUUAUCGUAUCUUUGUGGCAUUAAUUACAUUUCGUCCAGCACCUACCAUGCAACAUACUCCGCAAUAUUCAUUACUUUUUCAUUAAUUUUAUGUAAUUGUUGCAGCCUCCUUGUUUAAACAAGGUGUGUUUGUUUGUCUUAUUCACACUUAAUAGAUCCGUUUUAAUUAUUUGUCCAUUUGUGUAAUUAUUUAAAGAUUUAGUGUUAAUUUCGAGGAGCUGCUCUGCUGCUUUAUAUUGUUAUCGCAAUAGGAGGAUUUGGGAUGUAAUGUAAACUUUUUUUUUUUUUUUUUUUUUUACUGAUGCAAUCUUGUGAAGAACACAUUUGUUGAAAUGACUGAUCUUGUUCUGUUGUCUUUGAAUAUGUUAAAGUGUUGCUCACUCAUUUUUCCACUGGCAGUAAACUGUAGAAGCUGACGACUCUUCAGCUCAAACUUUGAUGGGAGCUUUCUGACUGUAACACAAAGACAGAUCUUUAGCAGUUCACUGGAUAAAUACUCUCCCAGAGGAACCGUUACUCUGGAAGAGGUAUUUCAUUCCUUUUCAAAUGAACACAUACUUCUUAAAUGGACAGACGGAAACAGAAACUCGGAGCAGCGUUUUUUGUGACAUUGUCUCUUGAAUCCUAACACUGAAGAGGGAGAAUGAUUUUGAGGAGAUUUCCGGAACAACACUCUGACUGACAUUCAGAUACAUUUUGAUUUUCACUUAAAAUCUUUAAGAGCUGCCAGAUUCCUCCCUUCAAGCUUCUUCACUGGAGAAAAUACGACCCUCAAGCUUGGUAAACCAACGUUGUCCUGAUCAGCCUGGUCCGCUUCAGCAGCGAGGAUGCGAUCUCCAGAGCCGUCUUCACCUUCCACAGCAGAAGCCCUCCUUCAUGGCCAAUUUGCCAGCUGGGGUUCAGGCAGCAACAGCAACAAUAACAGCUGCCCCAACAGCCCCGGUGGUGGUCCGGGGGGUCUCUCCCCUGCGGCCUCCCCUACUCCGGCCUCCAACUAUGCCUUGACCCUCACUCACACCCACAUACAUAUCCAGCGGCUGUCACCGAGGACGGGGAAGGAAGCCCGUCUCUUGCUGCCUUUGUCGGAGCUGGUGGGGUGCAGCUGCCCUCGUGCCCCGGCGCCCCCUCUUCUGGUGCUUUACUGGUACCCGCCAGGCAAACGACGGAAAGGUGUGUCUCGGCGCAGGCAAGUGAGGGCCUACCUGGCAGAAAGCCGUUGCGAAGCUGAGAGGUGGUCGGCUGCUGUGCAGUGUCUACUGAGAGGUGUGACCGUCACUGCUGACACAGAAUUUUCAAGAAGUCUGCUACCUCGUCCCAGGCGACUAAUGUUACUGGUCAAUCCCUUCAGUGGGAGGGGCCAGGCAAUGCAGUGGUGUCAGACCCACAUCCUGCCAAUGAUCAGAGAGGCCAACAUCAGCUACAACCUUAUACAGACAGAGCGUCAGAACCAUGCCAGAGAGCUCAUCAGAGAGAUAUCGCUCUCAGAGUGGGAUGGCAUCAUCAUCGUCUCUGGAGACGGCCUUCUGCACGAGGUAAUUAAUGGGCUGAUGGAGCGUCCCGACUGGGAACAAGCAAUAAAAACGCCCGUCGGUAUUCUUCCUUGUGGCUCUGGGAAUGCACUGGCUGGCUCCAUCAACCACCAUGCAGGGUAUGACAUGUGCCUUCGGGAGCCCCUCCUUUUGAACUGCUGCUUUUUGCUCUGCCGAGGCGGCGUCCGACCCAUGGACGUGGUUUCUGUGACAACCAGCCCUCCUCCCUCCAUCAACAGCCGUGCCGCAUCACCCAGGAGACUGUUUUCUUUCCUCUCGGUUGCCUGGGGCUUUGUGUCUGAUGUGGACAUUGAGAGUGAGAGGUACCGUGGCCUGGGCUCUGCUCGCUUCACCCUGGGCACCCUGGUGCGCAUAGCUUCUCUUCGAUCCUACAAGGGUCGUCUGUCCUACCUGCCUCCGUCUAUCAGCGCCACAUCACCAGAUGACACACCUCCUCUGCCGAGGAGACCCCUCUCCCGCAGUAUCACAGAAGGCCUGGAGGGCUUCUGUCGAACGCCCAUCCAUCGCACCUGCUCUGACAUGGGCAUCAGUGAACAGAGGAGCCUGCGUAAGGGUGAGGGAGAGAGGGAAAUAGAGGAGAGGCAGAGAGAAAGGGAGAGAAGAAGGCAGAGGGCUAGGGGAGGAGGAAGCGGUGUAGUGAGGGCAAGCAGCCUGGCAGAGGACAGAGAGAGGGAGGGGGAGGUGGAGACGGACGCAGAAGAGGAGAGGUCAGGGACAUGUUCGGAGAGUUCAGAAUCAACUGAAAGGGAAGACUGCAAUAUGGGAAGGGUGGAAAGGUUGGCCGGGAUCAAGGAUGAAAGGGGAGAUGAGGGAAGGGUAGCGCAAGACUCCAGUGAGAUGGAGGAGGAGGAGGAUAAGGGGAAGGAUGGCGGAAGCAGCGGUGGUUCUGCAGAGGGGGGGAGAGUGUCGCAUGCAGGAGAGCUGGAAGAGAGCUGUGGGGUGGACGCGGGGCGAGCGGCAGACGAAGAGCAAGAGGGUUGUCUCACUUGCCAAGAAAACCUUCAGGGGGCCAGACAGGCACUGAGAAAGAAUUCAGCACCUUCAAGCCAGAUAGCCAACACUCUCUUCAACCAGCCUCUCAGUCAGGAGGCCGACACAGAUUCGGGCCCUUCAUAUGGGGUGGAGGACAUGGAUCUGAAUGGGACCUACUACCAGAAGGAACCCUACCAACUGGACGUUGCUCGUGAACGAUCUCUGACCAUCUCCUCUCCCUUUCGUCACAAUCCCUUCUCCUACAAGCCCAAGACCCUGGACCAAAACCAGAAUGCUUCUCGUCCGAGGCCCCUCUCUCUCCUCCAGCACUCCCACUCAAACUCCCUCCCCCCUAAACUCCCAUCCCUCUCCCUGUCUCUUUCUCCCACACCCCCAUCCUCCCCUUCAUGUGCCUCCCCACACUCUUCAUCCUACCUCGUCCCUCGUCCCAAUACCCCAAAUUCCACGUCGCCCUCGCCAUCUCUACGCACACCGUCCUCAUCUUUUAACUUUGACAUUGCUGAGCCAGCAGGACCGCUGAAGAACCGUCCUUUUAUCUCACUUUUGAAUAACCCUCGGGAUGACUUGUUACCCCCCCUCGACCAACCGAUUCCCACCAGAGAUUGGAUCACCAUUGAAGGGGACUUUGUCCUGGUGCUGGCCCUUUAUCAGACCCACCUUGGGGCUGAUCUUCAUGCUGCACCCCAGGCCAGGUUCGACGAUGGGCUGAUCCACCUGACCUUUGUGCGGGCGGGGAUCUCCAGAGCCACUCUGCUGAGACUGUUCUUUGCCAUGGAAAGAGGAAACCACCACUCUGUUAGCUCGCCGUAUGUGAGCCAUAUUACCUGCAAGGCCUUCAGGCUGCAGCCUCUGUCUACACGGGGGACUCUCACUGUCGAUGGAGAACUGGUGCCCUAUGGGCCUCUUCAAGCACAGGUUCAUCCUUCAUUGGCUCGUCUCAUCGUUGGUGACUCUGGAGUGAAGAUUACCAGAUUCUAAUCAGGGAUUGGUUGAGCUGAUUGACAGAUGCAGCGCUCUACUAAAUUAUGUAAUCUCUGUCGUCAUCUGUACUCUGAAAGAGAGGGCGGGGCAUCUGAGAGACAUAAAAUAGCCAGGAAUGCAGAAACUGCUUUUCUGGGGUUUAAUGAAAGGGAUAACCCACCGAGCCACGCAUCAUUGGAGCACGACUGCAGGGAUUAAUAGCGAAUUUGAAAAUGGAUGAAAAAUGCGCCUCAUUGCACAGCUGUUGGAUUACGCAAAGCGUACCCUGAGAAGCAUGAAAACUGCACAGCCUGGGACAGUUAGAGGGAAGAACAAUCGAAUGUUUAUGGACUUUUUUUUUGUGCAGAUAGUGCAUGUGUUGGAUGUAUACAUAGCAGUAUGCAUGCAGAGAAGCGCUACCUGAAUUUUGCCUUUUAAUAAGAUGGAAAGAAAUCAGAUCAAAUUCAGAGAAAUAUGUGUAAACGUGAAAUGCUAUAAAAACUAAGAUUGGCCCAACCUUUUACCUUCAACCCCACCCCAACGUCUAAAUGUUUGAGUAUAAAAACUUCCGUCCAUGAAAGGAAUGCCUUAUCUGACACUGGACAGUACCGUUGUACCUUUGCCCUUACUUGCUCCUACAUGUAUACGAAACCCAAAUAUUCCUGUGCUGGGUUCACACUACGUGCGGCAGAAUCAACAAAACGGCCAAACGUGAGCAGCUCCGUUAUCGCUGAGUCGACAUUGAAGUUGCUCAAGCAGUUAAUUAGUUGACGCUUUGUUGCGUCAACUUUUUAGUAGCACGUCUGGCGUCACCGGCCUCCAAUGAAAAUGAAGACUGUUCCUGUGUCGCUCGUGGUGUGAACGGAACAUGAGUCUCUGUCCACGUGUCAUAGUGUCCGUCCACUACAUCAAAGCAAAGCUACACUUAUAUACUUAGACAACUGGUAGACCCGCCUACUUACUGUUCUCUUUCAGCACGCUACUUUCCACUGUUCUAAGCAUCAGUGGAGAAAAUUUGGACAAACGUACACUUCAAUGACCAUUUUGUUCAUGGAAGGGACUCCAUGUAGAGCAGCUAGAUCAAGCUUUUCAGGGUCAUUGCGUGAGUAGGAGCAAUGGAACCGUUGAACGGUGACCAUUACUGACAUUUUUACGUAAUCUGCCUGUUUUUCAAAGCCGCACGACGAUGACUUUAAACUUUGCAACAUAUUGAACAUAAAAUGAUCUGAACAAAGCGAGCCUCUUUGUCAGUGGUUUAAGAAAUGUUUCAGAUCACUUAGAUGUCUAGAAAAUAUCACUGUCUCUGAGUAAUCGACUAUGGAAGCGUAGAGCACUUCACAUGCCUCUGUUAAGUAGUAAGUAGAGCAUUUAUGUUGCACAGAAAAAUCACAACACUAGAAGGCUUUGUAGCUUUUACAUCCACAGUAACAAAGAAUCUGAGACUGUUUGGUCUAGAAAUGGAUGCGCUAGUAUUUAUAGCUUAGUCCAGAUACUAUAAUAAAUGGAUCACAUUACAUUCCUCGCCUUAAAUGAAUUAAAUGCCUCAAUCUGAUCCCUCUAAACUUUUGAAAAGUCAGACUGACUGAUUUCAAAAUUAUUUUGCCGUAGAUGCAAACAACGGCACAAUACUACAUCCAGCAGCUCUUUGCUGUCACAUCAGACUUUUGAUCAACUGAUCUGUUAAAUGAAAUGAUAAAUUGGGUUUAAAAUUGAAAAUAUCUUAAGAAGGUUUUUUUCCGAUUGUUGAUGUGCUCCUUAUUAAAAUCAAACAGCAGAUCUUGGAGCCCGCACUAGGAGUUCUCAUGUUAUAUGAAUAAAUUGUGGAAACGUUAUAAUAAAACCUGAUGAUAUAUUUGGUCUUGACAAAGGAUAAAUCGUACGCAUGUCCAGUGUAUCAUUCGGUAAAGUCUUGUGCCGACUGCUUGGGUCACCAUCCACAUACUGUAUGUCUUUGGUCAUGCCUGGACAAAUCAAUGCCUUUGUAUAAUAAGCCUGUAAAUUCUGGCUGCUGAUAAUGAACUGUUAAAACCUGACUGCAGAAAAUGGAGUAAAACUUUUUGCUCACCAGGCCUUUACUUUGCUUCUUUAAUUUGUUUUUUCUUCCAUCGAGCACACAAUGCAGCUAGUCUACCACAACUACAGAAUGUGAAUGCAACAUGUUGAGUCUAGGCUUGUAACAGUCCCAAAUAGCAGGAUCUUUAUACACUUUGAAUGGAGUUGUUUUCCAAAAAUGUUUACUCGCAAUAUUGACUAGUUUACCUUCCUAAACAUUUUGUCGUUGAUGGCGAUAGCUUGGACUCUGGUGUUCUAGACCAAUUUGAUAUCACAAUGUCGGGGUAUAGCCCCUCAAUUGAUCACGCCAUUAAGUUUUUCUGUAGUGGGCUGCCUGUAAUGAAAUUGUAAUUAUUACUAAAAUCAUAUGAAUAUAUGAAAUAUUUAAAUACACAAUGUACAGUUAAUAGUUAUGUUUUUGAAUAAAUGUAACUUGAUAAGUUUUCUGCA